UUAACAGAUGAGGUUAAAGUGUGUCAGAUAAAGAAAUGACUGUCGCUGAUGAGCGCCGCACGCACAAAGGGCAACCGAGCACACUUCCAGAUGGAUCUGCCACCUAGACCUGCUCUGCUUGAUUUCCAUGGUGUUUCCAUGACCAAUUACUUCAUUGACAACUGGAAGAACAUCCAGGAAUUUGAAGCGAGACCAGAUGAUGUUGUGAUAGCGAGUUAUCCUAAAGCAGGAAACACGUGGGUUUCAUACAUCCUGGAUCUGCUGUAUUUUAGUCAGACUUCACCUGGUCGUCAAUACUCAGUCCCACUCUUCGAAAGGGUGCCGUUUCUGGAAAUCCACAUGCCGGGGUAUCCCUCUGGAGUCGAUGAGCUAAACCGGUUCGCCAGCAGUCCACGCAUCAUCAAGACACACCUGCCAGUCCAGUUUCUUCCUCCUUCCUUCUGGAAACAAAACACCAAGAUAAUCUACGUGGCUCGCAAUCCUAAGGACACAGCGGUAUCCUACUUUCACUUUGACCGUAUGAAUCAGGCCCAGCCGGAGCCUGGAGACUGGAACAGUUACUUCCAGAGGUUCAUGGAAGGAAAAAUGGUGUUUGGUUCCUGGUACGAGCAUGUGAAAGGCUGGUGGGAGGAGAAAAAGGCCAGAUCCAAUAUCUUGUAUUUGUUCUACGAGGAUCUGAUUGAGGAUUUUGAUCGGGAACUCAGUCGGCUCUGCUCCUUCCUGGAACAGUCUCCCUCUGCUGAGCUGAAGAAACAAAUCACAGAGAAAGUUCUUUUUGACAACAUGAAACACAAUGAGCUGGUUAACGCCUCGUCAGAUGAGUACUUGGACUUCACCAUAUCCCCUUUCAUUCGCAAAGGAAAAGUUGGAGACUGGAGGAAUAUGUUCUCUGCCAAACAGGAUGAAGAGUUUAAUGAACACUACAAGAGCAAAAUGCAAACCACCGAUCUUCACUUUCGCACAGCUCUGUAGUUCUCUAACCCAUACCAGUAACACCUAAAAAUAACCACAGCAGAGAUGAGGGUACAACAGAUUUAUUUUAAUCCAAACAUCAAAAGCAGCAGAAAACACAAACAAAACUUCCAUAAGUAAAAUGAACAGAUGAAACGAACACAUGGGAUUUUCUAUGGCACGUGCUGCAUUGUGGAACGACCCUGAGGGCGCUGGAGGAACCUCGGCGGUAAACGUAGGAAAACAUGAGCUGAUGAAUAUGCAGUAACUCAAACAGGCUCUUUGGAAUGUAACCAGCGACAGAAGGCCAAGCUCUACCUUUAAAGCUAAAGAGAUCAAGCGUCUCAUACCGCUGAAGUCCUGCAGGGUCUCCAACAAUAACUGUAAUCCAAACAAAGCAACUGACAACAGACUUUAACGGCUUCUUAAUGAACCAACAUAAGUAUUUUGUUAUAUUAUUCAAUGAUUUUGUCAUGAUUUAAAAAUAACACUUAAAGCAGAAACAGAAAACAUCUAGAUAUGUAACAAUACAUUUAACAAAACCCUGCUUUAUCUUUAUUACCAUCACAAUCUGGAUCACUAAAAGUUCCCGACGUAACAUGUUGGUCAGGUUUCAACUCACAGCUCUUUCAGCGGUAAACAGUCGACCAUCUGACAUCAAAUUAUCUAAACUGCACAGCUCAAAGCAACAUUCAGACUCAAGUCUGAGUUUGUAAAUACUGAAAAAAAGUUUGAAGUUGUGAAUCAAGCCUUGGUAACUGCAUACAUUUAAAGAGACAACGUGUAGUCUGAAAAUGAACAAAAUGAUGUCCAGCUGUUAAAAAAUAAUGGUGGCUUUGUACAUUAAAUCCAUAAAAAUUGGGUCUAAAGUACAUGGGGCGUGGCUCUAGCAUCUUUGGGGGGACGCUAUGUUUCCAUCUGGUUGACUCAAGGUCCUGCACCUGUCGACGCUAGAUGAUUGGCUGGACGUAUGCUUUACCAACACAUUCUCACACCAGAAGCAGCUAAAACUGAGAAAGCGCGACCGAGCGUUUGUUUCCUACGCGUUGUGGCUCCCAACGUGUCGGGAGGUGACAAUGGUGUACGACGCUUGUGGGAAAAUGGACAUUUCACUGACAUUCAACCUCUAACCUCUUGAUAUUUAACCUUCCCCUCACCCCCAUCCUAACCUUAACCCAGAUUCUCGUUCUAAACUUCUCGUUAACAGUGUUUGAGACAGACGAUACAACUAGAAACAAAGUUUUGCAUGUGCAAGUGGGUUAAGGUUAGGAUGUGGGUGAGGGGAAGGUUACAUUGCAAGAGGGUAAAGGUCACAAUUUGGUGAAAUCUCCAUUUUAUUGUGGGCGUCGGAAACAAACGCUUGGUCACGCUUAGUCAGUUUUAGCCGCUUCGGUUGUGAGAACGCGUUGGACGUACAGAAGUUACGUAACCACGUUCAAAAAAUAUUUAGGAAGCAAAAAACACAAAUUUAACAACAAAACAGCUAAACUCUUCCCAAAAACACAUGAAAGAAGAGAAUGGUAAAAGAGAUGCAACAUAUUUUGGCAGGCGCAGGACUCUGAGCAGAUCCAAAAAGCACAACGCCAAAAAACUACAAUUGGCAUUGCACUCUCUCGAUGGCCCGCACUUGUAUAGCUCCUUACAGAGUCCGAGGACUCCAAAGCGCUUUACUCUACAGUGUAUCAUUCAUCCACUCACACACACAUUCACACACUGAUGGGGCCCUGGGGCACACUGACAGAGGUGAUUAACUGAAGGACCAUCAAAGUCUGAGGAGUUACGCUGGGGUCGCACGCUUUCUCCUCCACAGGUAACAAUGUUUACCGUAAUGCAACUAGCGACAGUCACAGCGAUAUGGUGUAAAACUACCCUGAAAUGUAUGUGCUGCCCCCUAGAGCCAGGAAACUACACGCUUGAAUACAAAUCCAACAAAUGUUUUUGAGACUGUUUAAAUUUCAGGUUCCAGACCAUCUAAAAUUAAAAAUGAUUGGAAACAAAUUCAUUUCCCAACAUGCACUAACAUUUUUCAGGCAGUUACUUUUCAGAGUGAUUUUCAGCUUCAAACUGAGUAAACAAGAAUUUACAUCCUCAUAGUCUUAGCGAAGCUAGCUUGUGCCUUCAGCAAUACUGCUUCAGAUUGUCCUUCACAGUAACUACGACUAAGGUCCAAAUACAGCUUUAUUCAUCAACAUUAAAAAUAAUAUUUACAUUGCUUUUCUUUUUAAGCAGACAUUGUAAGUUUAAAAUACAGUAAAAUACUUGAGUCUGGAUUAUAGGGAAGUGCUGUUACUGAGUUGAUGUCAAGCAGCCAUGUUUUUUGCAGCCCUACUAAUCCGUGUAGCACUUAAAUACCGAACUCUUCAACUAGACACUAUUCUGAUUCAGAUUCUGCAAAAAAAUGCAACCAGAGACAUCGUUUUUGGAUUCCAGAAGCCAUGUUUGCAUCAUGUUUACCUAACAAAAUGCAUUAAGCUAACAGCUCAUGAUUGAGCCUAAUAAUUUUACCAACUGAUAAGAUCCUCUGUAGCAUUUUCACACGCGAGCAUGCGCCUGGAUAGCACGAGCUGUUCUGUGUUUACUGUCUGCAUCUCUGUGUAACCGGCUUUCACGCACAAAGCAAACCAAACAAGCAGGACGCGAGUUUAGACGUACUGUAAUCUGCAGAUUAGUCACUAUGGUAACAAUGCUAUGAAAACAACUGUGUUACAUAUGGCACAUAUUUACAUCACCAAUGCAAACAGAACAAACUAAGAUGAAUUCACAACCCAUAAAAUGCUGACAAAUACUUUUAAACAUGAGAUAUUGGACCAAACACACUUGGUCACAUUACAGGGAGUUCAUCAUCGGAGGAAAAGAUCUCAUCACCAUCACAGAUCUGCUAACUAGCCUUUCUGAAGACAUGGGAGUAUGGGUUAGGGUUAACCUGAUAACCUGAUGUUAUACCGAUAUGAUGUGUGAAAUAGAUGAUUUUAAUAAUAAGUAAGAGACGGAA